CCCUCUCACGGCUUCUUUCUCCCCAAGAGAGACAAAUUCCCAGCUGACGGAGACCACAACCUGGAUUCCCUCCCCACCCUGGCCAUGAGUGCGGGGGCGCUGGGAGCCCUGCAGCUCCCAGGAGUGCUGACACGGCUGCGGGCAGACCUGUUCUCCUACCUGAGACACGUGCAGUGGCUGCGCCGGGCAGGAGGCCCUUCCCUGAAGACCCUGGAGCCCGAGCUGGGUGCCCUGCAGGCCCGGCUGGACCGGCUGCUGCGCCGGCUGCAGCUCCUGAUGUCCCGCCUGGCCCUGCCCCAGGCACCCCCAGACCCGCCGGCACCCCCACUGGCUCCCCCAGCCUCCCCCUGGGGAGGCAUCCGGGCAGCCCACGCCAUCCUUGGGGGGCUGCACCUGACGCUUGACUGGGCUGUGCGGGGCUUGCUGCUGCUGAAGACUCGGCUGUGACCAUCCACCCGGCGUCACCCGCGUCCUUCAAAGCCGGAUCUUAUUUAUUUAUUUAUUUUGGGACUGGGGGUGUGGCAGCCAGCGGAUCCCCCCUCCAUUGUCUCCCUCUAGUUAGAGACGAUCCCUCCAGGAGGCCU